GAGAAACCGGGGUUCCUGGAUGUUGGAUAAUCCGGGACAGUCAGGAGCUCCGGAGGCCCGUCGACCAAGUCCUGGACUCCUUGCACUGGGUUGGACAUAUGCAAGUGGGAGGCGGGUCCGGAGCUCAAAAUCGGGGGUCAGGGAGGUGCGCUCGGGCUUGGUCCCAGGAUCCGAUCGGCGGACCCCUGACUCAGCGUAGGGUCUAGCGGGACAUGGCUGAAGCGCGCCAAGCCGUGGGCUUCCGACCCUCACUGACCUCGGAUGGGGCGGAAGUGGAGUUCAGUGGCCCGGUGUUGCAGGAAAUCUAUCUGUCCGGACUGCGCUCUUGGAGAAGGCAUCUCUCCCGUUUCUGGAAUGACUUUCUCACUGGUGUGUUCCCUGCCAGCCCCCUCAGCUGGCUCUUCCUCUUCAGUGCAAUCCAGCUCGCCUGGUUCCUCCAGCUGGACCCUUCCCUCGGACUGACAGAGAAGAUUAAAGAGUUGCUGCCAGACUGGGGAGGACAGCACCACAGGCUUCGAGGGGUCCUGGCGGCCGCGCUGUUUGCUUCGUGUCUGUGGGGAGCCCUGAUCUUCACACUUCACGUGGCUCUGAGGCUGCUCUUGUCCUACCACGGCUGGCUCCUCGAACCCCACGGAGCCAUGUCCUCGCCCACCAAGACUUGGCUGGCCCUGGUCCGCAUCUUCUCCGGCCGCCACCCAAUGCUCUACAGUUACCAGCGCUCCCUGCCGCGCCAGCCCGUGCCCUCCGUGCAGGACACCGUGCGCAAGUACCUGGAAUCUGUCCGGCCUGUCCUUUCGGACGAGGACUUCGACCGGACGGCGGGCCUAGCACAGGAAUUCCUGAGGCUGCAGGCAUCGUUGCUACAGUGGUACCUGCGGCUCAAAUCCUGGUGGGCGUCCAACUACGUCAGCGACUGGUGGGAAGAAUUUGUGUACCUGCGCUCCCGGAACUCGCUGAUGGUGAAUAGCAACUAUUACAUGAUGGACUUCCUGUACGUCACGCCCACGCCGGUGCAGGCUGCUCGCGCGGGGAACGCUGUCCACGCCCUCCUCCUCUACCGCCACCGCCUGAACCGCCAGGAGAUCCUGCCGACUUUGCUGAUGGGAAUGCGGCCCUUAUGCUCUGCCCAGUAUGAGAGGAUAUUCAACACCACGCGGAUUCCUGGCGUCCGGAAAGACCACAUCCGCCACCUCCGUGACAGCCGACACGUGGCCGUCUUCCACCGGGGCCGAUUCUUCCGCGUGGGGACCCACUCCCAAAGCGGCCUGCUUUCCCCGCGGGCGCUGGAGCAGCAGUUUCAGCGAAUCCUGGAUGACCCCUCACCCGCCUGCCCCCACGAGGAGCAUCUGGCGGCCCUGACCGCGGCUCCCAGGGACAUGUGGGCCCAGGUGCGGAAGUCCCUGAAAAGCCAGGCAGAGGACGCCCUGGAGGCUGUGGAAGGGGCCGCUUUCUUUGUGUCGCUGGACUCUGAGCCCGCGGGGCUCACCAGGGAGGACCCUGCAGCGUCGUUGGAUGCGUAUGCCCACGCCCUGCUGGCUGGCAAAGGCCAUGACCGCUGGUAUGACAAAUCCUUCACCCUCAUCGUCUUCUCCAACGGGAAGCUGGGCCUCAGCGUGGAGCACUCGUGGGCCGACUGCCCCAUCUCAGGACAUAUGUGGGAGUUCACUCUGGCCACAGAAUGCUUUCAGCUGGGCUACUCGGUGGACGGCCACUGCAAGGGGCAUCCUGACCCCUCACUGCCCCAGCCCCAGCGGCUACACUGGGACCUUCCGGACAAGAUCCACCGAUCCAUCUCUCUCGCCCUGAGGGGAGCCAAGACCUUGUCCGGAGACAUUGACUGCCAUGUCUUUCCCUUCUCCCACUUCGGCAAGAGCUUCAUCAAACGCUGCCACCUCUCUUCAGACAGCUUCAUUCAGGUGGCCCUGCAGCUGGCCCACUUCCGGGACAGGGGUCGAUUCUGCCUGACUUAUGAGUCGACGAUGACCCGCUUGUUCCUGGAAGGCCGGACAGAGACGGUGCGGUCUUGCAUGAGGGAAGCCUGCAACUUUGCGAGAGCCAUGGUGGACAAAGAGAAGACAGACCCACAGUGCCUUGCCCUGUUCCGCUUGGCGGUGGAUAGGCACCAGGCUUUGCUGAAGGCAGCAAUGAGCGGACAGGGGGUCGACCGGCACCUCUUCGCACUCUACAUCGUCUCCCAAUUCCUCCACCUGCAGUCGCCCUUUCUGGAUCAGGUUCACUCGGAGCAGUGGCAGCUGGCCACCAGUCAGAUCCCUGUUCAGCAAACCCACCUGUUCGACGUCCACAAUUACCCUGACUACGUUUCCUCUGGUGGUGGAUUUGGGCCUGUCGAUGACCAUGGUUACGGUGUUUCUUACAUCUUCAUGGGAGAUGACACCAUCACCUUCCACAUCUCCAGCAAAAAAUCAAGCACCAAAACGGAUUCCCACCGGCUGGGGCAGCACAUCGAGGAUGCACUGGUGGACGUGGCCUCCCUGUUCCAGGAGGGGCAGCGGCUUAAGCGAGGGUGCAGAGGGCUGGGGCAGGAGGACUCGGGGAGCAGGUGUGGAUCUCUCCCUUGCCACGCUAGGGGCUCUAGGGCACCCACGCCAUCCACCAACUUUUGAUCCCUUCCAACAGGGAGCUGGUCUCCCCGGAACUAGUGGGAGGGUCUUUA